CAAACAUAUUUAUAUUUUGAUUUCUUACUUAUAUAGUAACUUCUUAGUGAACUUGUUUCACUGAUCCUACCAUACAUUCUGUCUUUCUUUGGUGGUCUACCCUCUUACUACCUUUGGGCUACACCAAAUACUGCUCUUAACUGGGACUACCCAUUCAAGGCUACUCAAACUAAACAUUUGUAUAAUGGUUCUUUAUGAACUUUUUUGUAUCACCAGACCUGCUAUAAAUGCCACUCGCACGUCUGCUCCUACAUCGGCAAUUAAUGUUGCUCGGAAUUGUGGAAAAGCAGUCUUGGAUAGCAAAGGCGUAGUUGUUGAUAUCGAGUCCAUGGGGCUUAAGGAACUUGCCAAGCCCGUGAAAAAGCUGAACAAUAAGCAUAAUUUUGGAUACUGGUGGUCAAUGUCUUUUUACUCAAGUCCCACUGUCCAGCAAGAACUCCAGCGGAUUCUGCGUUUAGAACCAACAGUCCUUCGUUAUACCUUCCUUAAAAAGUCUGAUAAGUUAAACCAUCUCGGUUAACAUUUCAUCGAGUAUUAUUUUACUCUCGGUACAGGGUAUUGAUGAGCAUUUCAAUCUCCUUAAAUGUUUAAUAUUUUAGAUAAUAUCUCGAAGGAAUAAAUAAUCAUUCAUGUCGGUUUAUGUUUCCUUUUUUUUAUAUAUAUAUAUAAACAAGUAAAUGCUCACUGUUUGUGCUUGUUUUAGUUAACCAUAUUUGUUAAAGUUGAAAGUGCAUUUGAUCGUUUGGAACUUCUCUUUGAUGGUUUCAUCCCGGAUUUUACAAUAUACUCAUUUUCAUCGGUAUGAAACGGUUUUGGUUGCUCCAUUUCAGCCAUUAAGACCGGUGGUUUUGCCAUUGGUGCUGACGGUAGUGUGGGAACGACCAUAUAUUGAGAAUACAUGUCAAAUGGAAUGGGUUCAGGAGAUAAUUGAACAGCAACCGGUGCUGGAGGUGCUGGUGCCAAUUCUUGGUUAAAUAGAGCAUUCAAUCUUUUCUUUCUUUCUUCUUUCUUUUCCGCAAAACUAACAAAUAGUCUUUUUUUGCCAACAUACGUAUUGUUUAAAAAAGAUAUUGCUUGCAUCGCUUCGGAUGGAUGAUUAAAAGAAACGAAUCCGUAUCCUUUAGAAAUUCCAGUGUUUGGGUAACUUGCUAAAACACACGAUUUCACACGACCAAACUGAGAGAAAAAUUCCUCAAAUUGUUCUGAGGUUCCUACAACAUUAUCGUCAAUAUUUUUAACAAACAAAUUACACGGGUCGGAAGCUUGGGGAGUAUUCAUAUCAAUCGUGUUAAUAGCACUCGGCAUUGGAACGCGAGGCGGUACGAAGGAAGGAGGAGGAGGAAUCAUUGCUACAGGCGGUUCCAUCGUUGCUACUGGUUCAAAUGGUAGCAAAGGAAUUGGGACUAUCGGUGGUUGCGUCGAAGACAUUGGGGAAGAAGGAGGCGCCUGCAUUUGCAUUGGCUGCUUCACAAAGAACUGAAGUUGGAUACCUUUAUAUAAGAAAUUUUGAAAGGCAGCGAUAAUCUGAAUUGGUUAGCAAUUAUCAGAAAGAAUUCGAGAGACUCUAUAACCAACUUUACCUUAGAACAAUCUUGAUGAGAGUUGACCGCCAACUCAGCAUAUAACGUUUGAUCUGGAUUCGGUGUUUGAUUGAUGGCCGCUCCUAAAAUUUUUCCAUACUGAGAAAAGUCGUCAUAAAGAUCUACGGGUGAAGUUUUCAUUGGAAUGUUAAGAAUGCCAAUUACCAGAAUUGGGUUCUCAGCAGUUUCGGAGUAAAACAGUUUAUCUAAAGGUAUGCUUGGCAGAAAUUGAUAAUUGUUGAGGAACGUAUGUUCUGGAUCGGCUUGCUUUGUUUUAAUUUCAUCCUGCACAGCAGAUGAAUUUUCUUGUGUAAGAAGGUUCGGAAUACUUAGUGGGCUCUUUUUUAGUGAGCGUAAAUAAUCUUCUUCGCUUGAAGCACGCCCUAUUUGCGGCUUACGUACCUCUCUGUCUAGACGGGGAUAAUUUAAGCCAUUUUCGUCCGUUUUUAUUAUUUCUUGUUCACUGCCUUGAUUUUGGUAAUUGUCAUACUUCAUGUGUUUUUCUAAUUCCGCGUCUGAUUGCUUCAUUUGCAUUUCCUUGAGACAUAAUGCUUCUUUAUAUUUAAAGUCGAGCUUCGCUGAACUGGGUUCAUCCUUCUCUUGAGUUUGAGUGAAUUUAAAUAUGGCUGAUUUGGCUGGAUGACGCUUCUCAACGAUCCUAUGAAACAUUAGCAUAAUCACCUUUUACUUUCGCUCGAUGGAAGAAUUACUUACAACCUAUUUCCUUCAUAUUCGAAGCCAUGCAAUGCCUGAACGAUAGCUUCUACGCAAGCCGGUGUUUCCAGGUAAACAAAUGCAAACAGUGCUGAACCCUUGAUAUUGAUACUCUUUUUCUUUCUUCUAUUUAAGACAUGUGCUUCAAUUACAUUUCCUUUGUUUUAUUAGUUUAUUGGACUUGAUUUCAAUGAGAAAGCUUACCAUAUUGCUGGCAAAGAUUGACGACAUUCAAUACUUGGCAACCAUAUGGCAAAUUGCCAAUGUAAACGGAUAGAUCUCUAUUUUUCUGCCUCUUGUUUAUGCCUUGCACUCUCUUUUCUUCUUUCAUUGCUAUAAGACUGGUUGGUUGAUAAAAGUAGAAUUCAAUUGAAUGUAAACAAAUAUACAGGAUAAUGAAGUGUUGCGUGUCAUUAUCAUAAAUACCAUUUAUUCAAACAUUGUCG